AUGCCAGAGUCUGAUUACUAUACAGCCGGCUACAGACGGGACGCUGUGUACUCUUCUGACGAAAAUGACGAAAGAUACAAAAGGACAACUGUGCGACGCUACAAGGUUGGCCACGGCCAGGUUGAACGAGUUGAACAAGUCGAACGUGAGCGUGUUGAAGAUGAUGGCCAAGAGUCUUGGGACCAGCGGGGGGGACACCGCUCAUCAAACAACAUGAUUGAAGUAGAUCGCCGUAUCUACUCGCCUGAGCGUCCACGCUCGGCGGUUGACAUUACUGAGCACACUCGACGCUAUUACGGUGACGAUGGCCGCCUUAUUGUUCAUGAAACGACAAAAGACUUGGAUCAUGAUACCGGCCGUCACUCUCGAAACCGAGAAGGCUUGUUUCAAGUUCAAAGCCGUGAUGAGCGCGACGACCAAAUUAUUGUCGAGAGCUACUCCAAGGAUCGCCAUGGGGACGGCCAUGGAGGCGAGGUGGAGCGCUGGCAUAAAGAAACGGAAUACUAUGAGCCGUCUAUCCCACCCCCAGCACCAAUAGUCAUUCGUCCACGUCCCGUUGAGCAGAAUAUCAUCCUCCAGGAUUCUCCAGGGCUUUCGUCAGUCAUCAUGCCACACCAAGGCCAGGUCGCACUUGUCGCCCAUGACAGAGAGCGGCCGAGGAAGAAAGACUUGCGUGAAGAGAACGACUACUAUUACGAGCGCCGAGAGCGUCGUGAGGUGGUACCUUAUCGUGGUGAACGAGAAGAUCUUGCUGCCGGACAGCUUGGACGCCGCGGUCGCAACCCCGAUCACCGCCACCGACACUACACCCACCACCGGGACUAUGCAUCUGACGGUGAGCUUGAUUCUGAGGAUGAUUACUACAUCACCAAAAAGACAGUAAUUCGACGGGAGAUCCCCCCCUCCGCUUCUGAACGUCGCCGACAUUUGGCCGAGGGUGCCCUUGCUGGUGCUGGCAUUGGGGCCCUGCUUAGCUCUCGCCGUAACCAGGACGGCGAGCUUCCCGAACAUCGGGGACGGAAAGUUAUUGCGGGGGCUGCCCUAGGUGCUCUUGGUACCGAGGUGAUGAAACGUGCCCACAGCACGUACGACGAUCGCUUUAGUGACAACCACUCCCGGCCCGCAUCGCGGGAGCGGAGUCGCUCACCUAGCCAUCACUCUACACUCAAAACUGGUCUGGGGAUAGCAGCUGCGGCUCUUGCUGUGGCUGGAGCUGCUAAAUAUCUGCAAUCUAGCCGCAUUGACCGUGAAGAGCAAAAUCGAGGACGCAGCCUGCACCGCUACAGUGACGACGAGAGGUACGACAGUCGCUUGUCAUCUCGCACCAGCCGGAAAGCCCAUUCACGUGCCUCGUCUGUGGCCAAGGUAGCAGCAGGAACGGCCGCUGUUGCCGGGAUUGUCCAUCACUUUCGCUCCAAGUCUCGUGGUCAAAGUGGAAAGUCGCGCUCACACUCUCGUCUACGAACUGGCGCCGAAGUCGUUGCAGCUGGUCUUGCUGGUGCAGCCGCUAAGAAGCUCUACGACAAGCAUAGAGAUAAGAAAGAAGACGAGAGGGACAGAGCCCUCGCGAAUGAAGAAUAUGAAGAGGAACGUCGGAAUCGGCAGCUUAGAUCCCGUCCACAAUCUAGCUCUCGUUCUCAAUCGCGCUCUCUCUCUCGCUCUCUCUCUCGCUCUCGCCCCCAAAGCAGGUCAGGAGCUCGGGCUGGUGUCACACUCUCUUCCCAUCACCCCGAUGCGGGUUAUUCUCCACGUCCAGGAGCUGACUCCAAGCUAGGUUUGGUUGAAUAUGGCGCCUGGCCGCUGUACUCUGGUCCUCCGCACCCCGAUUCGAGGACACCUGAUACUGGCAGCUACUAUAGUAGGUACAGCAGUGCUGCUGAAGAUAGUGAAUGUGGUGGGUACCGUCGACGCAGUCAUACUCGCGAUCAAGGGUCUCUGGAUGCCUCAGAUGUCCGCAAUGACGCAGAAGACCCAAGCUUUGCAGAUAGUAGUAUUGCCGGCGAGUACGGAAACUCAAAGAAAGUUAAGGAUAAUCGCAGCCGCGAUCACUCUAAUUUGCAGGAUUUCGCUGCUGCAGGGGCAGGAGCGGUGGCUGCAGCCGCCGCCGCCCCUAUUGGCAUCAAAAAAAUGGAGGACAGGAAGAAAGUUGGAAGCAUCGACAGCAGUGAAGGACGAAGUGUGCAUCGCGGGAAUUACGGUUCUUAUGACCGGGACAAAUUUAGGGAAAACCGAGAGGCAAGCCUUGAAUUUUAUAAAGACAGGGAUAGCUCUCAUAACAGUGCGGCGUCUCUUGAGCAAGAUUCCAUACUCAACUUCACGCCGGAAACAGCCGUCGGCCCACGAGAUAACACUACUUUGGACAAGUCUCCUCCCCGCGACAAUGAUACUGUGGAGAAGAACAUGUUCGUCGUGGUCAGACGUAGAAACCGCUUCACAGACCUCGAAUGCAAGAUCCCCGCCCAAAAGAAAGAUGUGGCCGCUUGGAUCAGGAAUCAAUUCCGCGAGACGGGCCGCAUGCUCAUGACCAGCGAGCUGCUUCAACUGGACGAAGAUACUGACCAGGGCUCGAGAAAGGAAGAUGAAGUUAGGGCGGCUGAUAUGACAGACUUGCCUGGGUCUCGUCAGUCGGUAUGGCAUCUCGUCAAAAGUUAA